AUGGUAUUAUCAACUAGGUUGGAGUCGUUAAACAAGGCUAUAGAGAAGCUGGAUGACUCUGCGGCCAAAUCCCAGGAUAAAGCAGAACCAGGAGAUAUGAGACGCGACUUCACUGAAGCACCGUCUGAGCAGCCUGCUAAUACUUCGGGGGAGGAUGACGUGGACCAGCUCCAGGAGAGCCUCGACCUGAACGAGUUUGCAAGAUCUCAUGAGGACAGUGCCUUUACGCGUCAUCUUAACAAUUGGCUGAGGUUUCAUGGUCUUGACCCAGAAGAGCUAACCACCUGA